CCCCUCUCUCUCUCUCUCACUCACUCUGUCUCUCUGUCUCUCUGUCUCUCUCUCACUCUCUCAAACUUUCACCAGUCAUAUCCUCUCUCUCUCUCUCUCUCUCUCUCUCUCUCUCUCUCUUUCGCAAAAGCAGGCAAAGCCAUCAACAAUGGACUGUCUCCCAAAAUGCGAAGCCAACUUUGUGUCGCUCACCCCGCUCACUUUCCUGAAGAGGGCGGCCUCCGUCUACGCCGAUCGCACGUCGGUGGUGUACGAGUCGGCUCGCUUCACCUGGGCCCAGACCUACGAGCGGUGCCUCCGCUUCGCCUCCUGCCUCCGAUCUUUCAAUGUCGACAAGAACGACGUGGUGUCUGUCCUGGCGCCCAACGUACCGGCCAUGUACGAGGCCCACUUCGCCGUUCCGAUGGCCGGCGCCGUCCUCAACGCCAUCAACACCCGCCUCAACGCUGCCAACAUCGCCACCAUCCUCAGCCACUCCGGCGCCAAGGUCUUCCUCGUCGACUGCGAGCUCGUGCCCCUUGCCCGCGAGGCCCUCGCAAUCCUCGCCGCCAAAUCUGGGUCCCACGCCGCCCCCAGGGUCAUCCUCAUCGACGAUAUCAACUCGCCAACUGGGGCCCGGCUGGGCGAGGUGGAGUAUGAGGAGCUCAUCCGGCGGGGCGACCCGGCCUACGCCCCUGAGGAGGUCCGAGACGAGUGGGACCCAAUCACGCUGAGCUACACCUCCGGUACGACGUCGGAGCCCAAGGGGGUGGUGUACAGCCACCGUGGCGCAUACCUGAGCACCCUCAGCCUGAUCCUCGGGUGGGAGAUGCGGAGCGCGCCGGUGUAUCUCUGGUCGCUGCCGAUGUUCCACUGCAAUGGGUGGACCUUCACGUGGGGCAUCGCUGCCCGUGGAGGCACCAAUGUGUGCCUCCGGAACCCCACCGCCGCCGACAUGUACCGGAACAUCGCCGCGCAUGGCGUCACCCACAUGUGCUGCGCCCCCAUCAUCUUCAACAUCCUCCUCGAGGCCAAGCCCCAUGAGCGCCGUGAGAACGCCACCCCCGUGGAGGUCCUCACCGGCGGUGCCCCCCCGCCGGCGGCGCUGCUCCAGAAGAUCGAGUCGCUCGGGUUCCAUGUCACUCACGCGUAUGGGCUCACGGAGGCCACCGGACCGGCCCUCGUCUGCGAGUGGCAGACCAGGUGGGACCGCCUGCCUGCGGCAGAGCAGGCGCAGCUCAAGGCCCGUCAGGGGAUCAGCAUACUGACGCUUGCCGACGUAGAUGUCAAGCACUCGCAGACGAUGAGGAGUGUCCCACGCGAUGGGAAGACCAUGGGGGAGAUCGUCCUCCGCGGCAGCAGCAUCAUGAAGGGAUACUACAAGGACCCAGUGGAAACAUCCAAGGCCUUCCGGAACGGGUGGUUUUUCACCGGAGACGUCGGCGUCAUCCACCCGGACGGUUACAUGGAGAUCAAGGACCGGUCGAAGGACGUGAUAAUCUCCGGCGGCGAAAACAUUAGCAGCGUGGAGGUCGAGAACGUGCUGUACCGGCACCCCCGGGUCCGGGAGGCAGCGGUGGUGGCGAUGCCACACCCACGGUGGGGGGAGAGCCCCUGCGCCUUCGUCGCCGUCAAGAAGAACUCCGCCGGAAAAACGGACGACGUGAAGGAGGCGGAGAUCAUAUCGUAUUGCCGGAAGAACCUUCCUCACUUCAUGGUGCCGAAGAAGGUGGAGUUCAUGGCGGAGCUGCCCAAGAUCCCCACCGGAAAAAUACUCAAGGCUCAGCUGAGGGCGGUGGCGAAGAAGUUCGUGGUGUCGGAGAGCAACAACUGCCCGUCGUCGUCCGACAAAAAGACUACGUCCAAGGAAGUCGCGACGGAUCUAUCGCGAUACAGUUCUGGGGUGCAAGAGCAGCAGGUCCUUGCCUUGUCUCGCCUUUGAAGAGAGAUCUGAGUGAGACGUCGUCGGAUGGCCCCUGCGAGGACGUUGAGUUGAGAUUCGAAUAAACCAAUGUACAAACAAAGCGAGAGAAGGCAGGAAGCGGUCGACAGCUUAGUUUUCUAUUUUUCCCCCCUUUUCUUGGGCUUUUCCGUAAUAGUAAUUUGAGUGAGACAAGCGGGGGGGACUUCCUCACGUUUUCGUACAAUUUGUAGGUAUCCAGUAACCAUGGAAGCUUUUCUCAAUCGACAUCGUAAGAAAAACGUCGUUAAAAUAUCUGAUCAUAUUAUUUAUUUGAUUCUGAAUUGUUUUC